GUAAUGAAAGGAAAGAAAAAGACCAAGUUGUUGUGGUGUUUUUUUGUAAGAGACAUGGGGAUGUUGUGGUUUCAUUAUCGAAAGAGAGUGUAUUUUGUAAUGGGUAGUAGUUAAAAUUUGUUUUCUAAGGAUUCUUGUUGGGUUUUUUUUCUGUUCGUAUGUCACUUUAAUACAUCCUCUUUUUUCACCUAAAUAGAAAAGGAAAUCUUCUAUUUGUUGUGUGUGUUUUUUUCGGUGUCUCUCUGGGUAUGCUUUGCUUUCACUGGAUUGGAUUCUCGAGGCUGGUUUUGGCAAUAUGGAACUGGGUAUUGAACUGUAAUUGAAGAAUGGGUAGACUGUGAAUUUUGGGUUGGUUUUGAUCUUUGGUGUCAAAGGGGUUUGUGCGUACAAAUGGCUGACAUAGCAGGUUUACGAGAAGCAGCGGGGUCUAGAUUUAGUGAAGUGGAGUUGAUUGGCAGAGGAUCUUUUGGUGAUGUCUAUAAAGCGUUCGAUAAGGAACUGAAGAAAGAAGUUGCUAUUAAGGUUAUCGAUUUAGAGGAAUCUGAGGAUGAAAUUGAGGACAUCCAGAAGGAAAUUUCUGUUCUGUCACAAUGUCGUUGUCCAUACAUCACAGAGUAUUAUGGUUCCUAUCUUCACCAAACUAAACUAUGGAUAAUAAUGGAAUACAUGGCUGGUGGUUCAGUUGCUGACCUACUCCAGUCAGGCCCUCCGCUAGAUGAAAUGUCAAUUGCGUGUAUUUCACGGGAUUUGCUGCAUGCAAUUGAAUAUCUACAUAAUGAAGGAAAGAUUCAUAGAGAUAUCAAAGCGGCAAACAUUUUAUUGUCCGAGAAUGGUGAUGUUAAGGUUGCAGAUUUUGGUGUUUCAGCACAAUUAACAAGGACGAUAUCACGGAGAAAGACUUUUGUAGGAACACCUUUCUGGAUGGCACCAGAAGUGAUUCAGAAUUCAGAUGGAUACAACGAAAAGGCUGAUAUAUGGUCUUUGGGCAUAACUGUGAUUGAGAUGGCCAAAGGAGAACCUCCACUUGCAGACCUUCACCCUAUGAGAGUUCUUUUUAUUAUUCCGCGAGAAAAUCCACCUCAGUUGGAAGAGCAUUUUUCCCGCCCUAUGAAGGAAUUUGUUUCCUUAUGUUUGAAGAAAGUACCUGCUGAGAGGCCUAGUGCCAAGGAACUUCUCAAGCAUCGUUUUAUCAGGAAUGCUAGGAAGAGUCAGAAGCUUCUGGAGAGAAUUAGAGAGCGCCCAAAGUACCAAUUAAAGGAAGAUGGAGAAAAUGGCCCCAUGGCUGUAGGAGAAUCAACCGACACUUUGAAGGUGACGAGAGAUAUAGGAGGUGACGGAACUGUUCGAGCUAGUAAUCUGGGGAAAACAUUUAAAAGUGCUGGGUGGGACUUCAGCAUUGGUGGAUCAAAUAGUACAGGUACUGUCCGAACUGCUGCAAAACCUCCUCAGAUUAGAGAGAGGAAACUAGAAGCUUCAUAUAAUCAAGCAAGACCGAGGACUCCAGAAAGUGGUAAUGCUCUUAGUGAAUCUAGGGAAGCUUCCUUUGGAAAAGGUGCUAGGGAAUCAUAUCACAAUGAACAUCAGGAUAAUGACCAUGAUGAUGAAAUGUCUGUCAGUGGGUCGGGAACCAUUGUCAUAAAAUCUCCUAGAGGAUCUCAAUCAUCUGCAUUGUUUCGUGACUCAAGCUCCCUUUCUAGCAGCACAUAUGAAUCUUUUGAAGAUGCUUCUACCAGUGGAACUAUUGUGUUACGUGGCCAAACUGAUGAUCCUGAUUCUCCACGAACCCCAAGAUCCAGGCAAGGAAUUCAAGAUAGAACUUCGAGUGCAUCAGUUGAAGAUAGCGCAUCAAAUCUUGCAGAGGCAAAGGCUGCAAUUCAAGCAGGGUUGAGGAAAGCAAAUGCUAGGGACAGGUCUUCAAGGAGCAAGCUUAAUAGUCCUGGCCAUGAAAACAGAAGAAAAGACCUAACAAGUAACUGUUCUGAUUCGUCUAGCGGUUCUCGUGAAUAUUUUGAUGCACCCAAAUUACUUUCGAGAUCAAGCCAAGCUAGUAAUGAUGAAGAAAAUGCUAAGAUAGCAUCAGCAUCUGUACCACUAUCAAUGUUACUUAUUCCUUCUCUAAAAGAGGUCAUUGCUGAUGAUUCAGAAGGGUCAGUUGUGCGUGCAGUUACGAAUUCCCUCAUAAACAUGGAGCGAGCAAAGCCUGGAUCUUGUGAAGCUCUUGUUCGCAAGUUGCUCGAGCGAUUGGCAAGCUCAAAGGAAUCUUCCAUGAAAGAUAUGCAGGAGCUGGCUGCUCGCAAGUUCAAUAAGGGAAAAACAACUCCUGAAGAUGCGCAAAAUGCAAACCCAGAAACUGAGAGUCGAAAAAGGCAGCAGCAUAAAGAGCUUCCUUCAAAUUCCAACUUGAGCCCACUUGCUAGAUUUCUACUUUCUAGAUGGCAAAGCCAAACAUGAGGUGGAGAUAUCAACCCAAGAUUUGAUUAUAUCUCUGUUUUGUAGCGUGUUAUUUUCUUUCAUGCAUUUGUUAUGAUUUUGAUUGUACAUAACCUUUUUAACAAAUUGUGUAUUUGUUAUCCCUUUUGAUUAAA